AUGAACGAGCUUGAGCCAUCUGCCACAGAUCUCAAGACCAAAGAUUCGCUCCACGUAGAAGAAUCUCGUGUAUUGCAGGAAAGGACCAUUGGCGUGUUCGGGGCUGUUUCGCUCAUUGUGAACAAGAUCGUAGGCGCAGGAAUCUUCUCUACCCCCGCGACGAUAUUCAAGCACAGUGGCAGUGUCGGCAUGACUUUAAUAAUUUGGGCAAUUGGAGGCCUGAUCUCAACCUGUGGUGCGCUGAUUAUGCUAGAGCUGGGUACAAGCAUGCCCCGAACAGGUGGAAUGAAAGUGUAUCUCGAGCGAGCCUUUUCGCCCAAGUUACUUGUCACAUGCGUCUAUCUGUUCUACUGUGUGUUUCUUCAGGUAUCCGCAAGCAACGCCAUAACAACAUCCUCCUACCUGCUCCAAGCAGCUGCUGUUACCUCUACGACCUGGCGAUUGCGUGGGUUGGCCAUCGCCGCAUCCGCAUUUGCUGUUGGGAUCCAUACGGUAUGGCCACAGGGCGGACGAAGGCUACAGGAUGUACUGAGCGCCGUCAAACUUUUCAUACUAUUGUUUAUUGUCUGUUCUGGAUUUGCGGCCCUGGCAGGUCAUCGUCAUGUGUCUGAUCCGCACAAUUUCAGCUUCUCGACCUCCUUUCAGGGCACCUCUAAGAGCGGAUAUAGUAUCGGCACGGCUUUGUUGAAUGCGAUCUUUGCCUUCCACGGCUACGAUAACGUCAACACGGUUCUUUCCGAAGUGAAGAAUCCGGCCAAAACCCUUCGCAUUGCCCUACCCACCGCGAUGGGCCUGAUUACCGUGCUCUAUAUCCUCGCCAAUAUCGCAUACUUCGCUGCUGUCCCUAAAAGCCAGUUCCUCGACUCGGACGUCACGAUUGCCGCGUCUAUGUUCAAGAACGUCUUCGGAGAAUCGGCUGCCACCAAGGCCCUCCCAGCUCUGGUGGCUAUAUCCGCCCUAGGCCAUCUCCUAGGCAUCGCCUUCACCGUUCCUCGCGUGAUCCAGGAACUCGGCAAAGAUGGCAUCUCCCCCUUCCCAAGCAUUAUCAUGCAGAACCGGCCUUUCCGCACUCCCAUAGUCGCGCUGUUUGUCCACCUAGCGGUAACAAUUAUUUUUAUCUGCGCACCGCCGGCCGGGGAAGCAUUUAAUUUCGUUGUGAAGCUGUCAUCAUACCCAUCAACCGUGUUACUGACGGCCACGACAAUCGGGCUCGUUAAGCUGCGUUUGGACAAAGGCAAAGGAUUCUGCCCACCGUUUUCUGUGCCUUGGCCUGUUAUUGGAUUUUAUCUAGCGGGUAGCCUGUUCCUAAUCGUCAUGCCGUUCGUACCUCCGUCCGCAAAUAAAGCCGACGGGCAAAUUCCUUAUUGGCUUUCGCCUGUUGUGUCGCUUGCUAUCUUGGCGCUGGGCAUUGUGUAUUACGAGCUGAUAUUUGUCCUGCUACCCUGGGUGCUGCGAUAUCAGCUUUAUCCUGUUGCAGUCGAACUAAGCGAUGGGUCGCGAGUCACGCGUUACAGGAAGGGAUUCUGA